AUGGCGUCGUCGGCGUGCGUCACGGACUUGGCCCGCGCGGCGGCGUGCAGGGACGGCGCGGCGGCGGCGCACCUCAAAGUGGUCUCGAUCUUCGUCAUCUUCGUGACGAGCGUGGUGGGGAUGUCUUCGCCGGUGCUCCUCGCCGGAAUAUUCCGCGGAAAGCCGCUCUACGACAAGGCCAUAGUGGUGAUCAAGUGUUUCGCGGCGGGGGUGAUCCUGUCGACUUCGCUAGUCCACGUGCUCCCCGACGCGUACGCUGCACUCGCCGACUGCCACGUGGCAUCGCGCCACCCCUGGAAGGACUUCCCCUUCGCGGGGCUCGUCACGCUUCUGGGCGCGCUUCUUGCGCUCUUCGUCGACCUCGUGGCGAGCUCGCACGUAGAGCACGCGCAGUACGCUCCGGUGGUGGGACAGGAGAAGGAGUUGGAGCUCGGCGGAAGCUGCCAUGGCUCCGGCGGGGACAGUGAAAGAAAUGAAGAAUUAGCGAAACUGAAACAGAGGUUGGUUUCGCAGGUGCUCGAGAUUGGGAUAAUUUUUCACUCUGUGAUAAUCGGAGUGACCAUGGGAAUGUCUCAGAAUGUUUGCACUAUUCGACCUCUCGUUGCUGCUUUGGCCUUUCAUCAAAUAUUUGAAGGCAUGGGUCUCGGUGGUUGCGUCGCUCAGGCAGGAUUUAGGGUUGGAACAAUUGCAUACAUGUGCUUCAUGUUCGCAGUGACAACACCAAUGGGGAUAAUGUUGGGGAUGGCAUUGUUCUCACUCACAGGUUACGAUGAUAGCAGUCCAAAUGCCUUGAUAAUGGAGGGCUUGCUGGGUUCAAUUUCAUCAGGAAUACUAAUUUACAUGGCCCUUGUUGAUCUCAUAGCAGUUGACUUCUUUCACAACAAGCUUAUCAACUCUAAUCCUCCAUUGAAGAAAAUCUCUUUCCUUGCCUUAACCCUUGGUUCUGCCGCAAUGUCUAUUCUCGCCCUAUGGGCUUGA